UGACAUUAUUAAUCCUAUAUAUUGUGUUUCAGUUCUUUGUGAUCAUCUGGAGGAAUGCAGCACAUCUUGGAGGGCUUCCAGAUCCAUGCACAAAACCUAAGGAUUGGUUACACAUCUGACACAGCUGUAGAGGAGGCAACCGUCUUUUCCCCUUCAACAGAGAGGAGGGAGAACUACAGGAUGAAGGACUGUCUGACUAAACAACACUCAGACUAUACUAGAGUUAAGAAAAUGAAUUUAUCAGCUUGGAUCAAAACUGAAAGUGAUGAAGAUCCCAUUUGGGCAUGUUACUCAUCAUCAGAAAAGGAGGAGAACGGUGGUUCAUCUGCCAAUAAUAUAAAACCUCUCUGGAUAAAAUCUGAACCCUCAGAAGCAGAUGAGUGCUAUGCUGUUGCCUGUAAAAUCUCUCUUGGUGUUUGUGAUCAGAAAGCAAUGUCAGUUUUGAAGAAUACCAUUCAGCAGGAAACCUGUGCUUCAGUGCUGAGCCAAAAGGUCCCUUUCAUAAAUGAAUACCCUGUACAAGCUUCCUACAACACGAUAACAUGGAAGGAGAAUCAGAGAGCAGAGAUGGACAUCAAACCAGAACAUCUAGCAAUGCAGCAAAAGAGCUGUGCACCCACAAGUCUCUAUUUAUCCAAUGAAUUGACACAGAAUGUUGGCAGGACUGAAGAACAACAGCUCAAAAGUACCGUACCAUACUUCAGUUCAACACCACUUGGAUAUGAAGCACCAGUCACUGAGUCUGCAGGCACAUCGCUGUAUGAGAGCCCUCUUGCAUGUCUGACCCGUUUAGUUAACAGAGUUGGACUCUUAACACCACCGAGAUUUGAUACCAAACCCAGCAGGCCUGUCUCUGCUGCAUCUAAACCUCAUGAUGGUUGUUCUGUAAGAAACACCAGCCCUGGAUUGACAACUUUCAAUCCUUCUUUGGCCAGUCAUCUACGGAAAUCACAACACAGUCAAAGAAAGUCAACUAUCAGCGAUAAACCAGUUCCACCUGGAAAACGGAGCAGGAGAGAAGAUUGCUACAAAUCAGUAGCUACAGAAUCUGCAGGCAAUUCAGUUACUGAGAGCCCCCUUGCUUGUCUGAACAGUAUGGUUGAAAGACCUCGCAAUAAUUGCUUGAAAAAAGCAGUGAGAAACACCAGCCCUGGAUUGACAACUUUCAGACCUUCUUUGACCAGUAGUUCACAAAAAUCAAAACAAUGGCAAAGAGAGUCAACCAUCAAUGAUGAACCAGUUCCUCUUGAAAAAAGCAGUAGGAUUGAACAUGUGUACAAAUCAGUGGAUUUCCACACCAGUGUUGGACCUAAUGCUGACUGUGGCAUUGCUGGCAAGUCUGAUGAGCUGGUGAGCAACUGGAAGGAGAGGUGUACCAAAAAGUUGGCUGAAACAAUAAAUAUUGAUCAUGAUAACGAUGGACAAAUCAUAGAUUUGACAGAAUUGAGUGACACUGAUGAGUUGGAAUUACCACUGAUUCAGGGAUGUGAUAUGGACCGGCUAAGAGGUUCUCAUCUUUCUAGUGAGGUGGAUGCGACUACAACUUUAAAGACACAGCAGAAUCAGGAGAACACUACACACACCACUGGACAAGCUAUGCUUUGUCAUGACCAUGACAAUGCUGUUCAGAAGCUGAUUGAACAAAAGUGCAAAUUAGUUGAAGAAAUGCAAGCAUUGCAUAAAGAACAUAAUACACGUUUAAAAUCUUUGUCAAAUAUAAUGUGUGAAUUGGACCGAUGUAUACAGUUGAAGCGUUCACCACAAAUCACUGUUGCUGGACAGUCCUCCACUUAGUUAUUGUUCAUCAUUUACACAGAUAUACACGUUCCAGUUGAUCCAUUAUGACCACCUCCUUUUUUUUACACUUGUCCAUUUUAUCAGCUCCUCUGAGCAUAUAGGAGCACUUUGUAUUUCUAUAACUGCAGUUCUAUAAUUGCAGACCGCACAGAAGGGUAUUAUUUGGGUGGUGAUUUAAACCAAACCACACUGUGUUUGAUGUGUUGGAAAAAGACCAUUAUGACAUACUCCCACUACAUAACAUUAUAAUUUAAUAGGGUACAUCCCAUGCUAUUCCAUUAUGAUUUAAUACUAUGUGUGUAAUAAACGUUGCUUUAUUGUCUACCAUUAUGAUUGAAUAGCAAGUGCUACUCUGUUUACCAUUGUGAUGUAAAUAUACUGUAGUUGUCUUUUUCUGUAACAUUAUAAACUAAUAACAUCUUACCACUGUGAUGUAAUAACAAUAGCAUCUUUUAGUACUGUUAUGGCGUUUGGGUUGCUCUGUCCCUGGGAUAAAAUUUUUUUUAGUAAAAUGAUCACAAAACUCAGGGUUUUAAAUACAGCUCUGGGGAAAAAAUAAAGAGACCACUUCAGUUUCUGAUUCAGUUUCUCUGAUUUUGCUAUUUACAGGUAUAUGUUUGAGUAAAAUAAACAUUGCUGUUUUAUUCAAUAAACUACUGACAUUUCUCUUAAAUUCCAAAUAUUGUCAUUUAGAGCAUUUAUUUGCAGAAAAUGAGAAAUGUUUGAAAUAACAAAAAGAUGCAGAGCUUUCAGACCUCAAAUAAUGCAAAGAAAACAAGUUCAUAUUCAUAAAGUUUUGAGAGUUCAGAAAUCAAUACUUGGUGGAAUAACCCUGGUUUUUAAUCACAGUUUUCAUGCAUCUUGGCAUGUUCUCCUCCACCAGUCUUACACACUGCUUUUGGAUAACUUUAUGCCACUCCUGAUUAUAUUUUAAAGGUUUUCAAUUUGGUACAAUCAAAGAAACUCAUACAUUUUAAGUGGUCUCUUAUUUUUUUCCAGAGCUGUAUAAUGCUUUUUUUACCAUACCAACUACACAAUCAAACUAAACUAUUUUGUUAAAAAGAAAUCCUCACCUGAGGAUAGGUUAAAUGCAAAGAUUUAUAGUGUAAGAAUUACAAUCUUGAUCAAAUGGUGACUAGCUCACCUCACUGCACUCAAUGACAUGAUUAUUAUAAGUAAAUUACAAACCAGAGUAUCUUCUGGGAGCCAAAUGUGUUGAAGGGAAACCACUUUACAUAAUUAACAUUCGAAUAAGUGAAACCGGGAGGGACUACAACAGGGCUAUCACAGGUAGGGGGAUGUGACCUAGACACAAAGGUGUCAGAAUUAAAUCAGUCAUCUUGUUUUUGUCUGCUCUCCCCUUAGUAAUAUUACAUCCUAAACAGAAGGAGCUUAGAUGGAAAGCAGUAUCUUUAAAUGUUUAUACGGUGUGUUCUUCAAUUUCUGAAUGUUCAAUCCAGCUCCUCUAAACUCGGGUUACAUCCAUGUAUCUCAAUACCACUUUUUGAAAUAAAGACUGACCAUUUUUCA